CUAUAUGAAAAGUACAUUGAAUAGUAAAGUGGGGUCGCAUAACGUAGAACGUGUGUUGCGCGCCGUGCCGGCCUUCGAUCGGAACAUAUGAGUUGUAACCACUUUACGAAAUUAUUUGUCAUUAUAUUAAUUUCAAAAAUUCUAAUACAACGUUCUCGUUUUUAACAUAUUAAUGAACAUUGCAAACUUAUUUUGACCUACAUAUUUUAGAAUAUAUUAACCUAGCAGCGAAGGAUAAUAUAGGUAAAAAACGCGUGAAUAAUUAUUUCAAACGGUGAAUAGUACGCAACGUGUUAUCAGCUGGUGUUCGGUGGUCAAGCGGUUUCCUUUUUUAUUAAUAUAUAAAUUUAUAUAGAACAGUUUUAUGGUGUAAAUCGCACGUGGUGUUUCCCGCGGUGGCUUAGUCGUGUGAUGCAAUGUUUGCAUGACGGGUCAUCAGUUUCGGAAGUAGCAUACAAUAUGUUUUUAUUUUCAAAUAAAACUGAAUACUCGUACGAAUAAACUUUACUAUUUUGGUGAUCUGAGAAAAGAAAUAUUGAUAAUUGUAGUGUAAUAUAAUUAUAAAUAAUGGCAAAAGUAUCCGCAUCGGAAAGUUUAACGCCGAAGGUGAUGGAUAGCGGUGAAGGCGGUGAAAAUGCCGAAGAACCGAGGGAAGGAGUUCAAUUGAAGAAAGAAUUGAGUUUGGUCAAUGGAGUAGCGAUCAUUGUUGGAGUAAUUGUGGGAUCGGGUAUUUUCGUAUCCCCAAGUUUAGCCUUGAAAUUCGCGGGCUCAAAGGGUAUGGCCCUCAUUAUUUGGGUCCUUUCCGGCUUCCUGUCAAUGAUCGGGGCACUAUGCUACGCGGAAUUGGGUACAAUGAUCCCAAAGUCCGGCGGUGACUACGCGUAUAUAGGGGAAGCAUUCGGGCCGCUUCCAGCUUUCUUAUACCUCUGGGUCGCGUUGUUAAUUUUGGUGCCUACUGGAAACGCCAUCACGGCACUAACAUUUGCGCAGAACAUUCUGAAACCUUUGUCACCAGCUUGUGAACCCCCUUCAGAUGCUGUUACGUUAAUUGCUGCUGCUAUAACGUGCUUUCUAACAGCUAUAAAUUGUUACAACGUGAAGUGGGUGACUCGUGUACAAGAUUCUUUCACCGCGGCUAAAAUAUUGGCGCUGUUGGUCACAUUUUUUGCUAGCAUUUGGUAUUUGUUUUCGGGAAACACCCAGAAUUUGGAAUCAAUGAUGCAAGGGACCACAACGAAUCCUGGGGACAUCGCCAUCGCAUUCUAUACCGGCUUAUUUUCUUACUCUGGUUGGAACUAUCUUAACUUUGUUACUGAGGAAUUGAAAGAUCCGUAUAAGAAUUUACCGAAAGCAAUAUGCAUAUCAAUGCCGGUCGUUACAUUAGUGUAUGCGCUUACAAACGUUGCAUUUUUCGCUGUUCUCACAAACGACGAGAUAAUGUCAUCCGAAGCAGUGGCCGUAACGUUCAGUGAGAAGAUCCUCGGGCUGGUAUCCUGGAUCAUGCCUCUCUUUGUAGCGCUGUGUACAUUCGGCUCACUAAACGGAGCUAUUUACGCAUCGUCCCGACUGUUUUUCGUUGGCGCCAGAAACGGACACCUGCCAUUGGCGAUCUCGUUGAUAGACAUUCGACGACUUACUCCUGUUCCGUCUCUUAUAUUUAUGUGUCUGGUAACUCUCGUGCUGUUAAUGUUUAACAACGUCGAGUCGCUGAUGGUGUACGUGACAGCUGUAGAAGCUAUAUUUAUAUUUUGCUCGGUCUCUGGUCUAUUGUGGAUGCGUUACUCUCGCCCGAAACUGCAACGGCCAAUACGAGUGAAUUUAGUGCUCCCAAUAGUGUUUCUUAUAAUCUGCAUAUUCUUAGUUGUAUGUUCCUGUUUUACACAUUUUCUGGAAGUGGGUAUCGGUGUUGCAAUUAUAGCUCUCGGUGUACCCGUCUAUUGGGUAUUCAUUAUGUGGCAAAGUAAACCAACAUGGCUAUUAACCGCCUGCAAUUCGUUCAAUCUUUUCUGCUCAAAAAUGUUUUUAUGCCUCCCAGAAGACUCCAAAGAAUUAUGAUUGAUCUGAGUUUAAUAUUACGGGCUGUGUGUAUGUAUUUAUUAAUAUAUUUUUAUAUCCAUUGACGUAGACUCACUAAUCACAAAAUGUCGUCAAAAAUGUCUGAGCGGCGUUGUAUAAAACACUCAUUCAAAUGAUUACCUUAUUUCGAGGGAGGUCGGAUAGACUAUCUAUUGUAUAGCUUAUUAGAAAACACUGCUUAAAAGAUGCGUAGACAGACUUUUGCUUCAGACAAUUUAUGAGAGUGAUCGAGUCUAGCUGUUUAUUGUACGUUAAUGUUAAUAAAGCAAUUAAUUGUAAUAAGUGAUACAAUUAUGUAGAUCUGUUUAGAUAACGAAAACAAAUGCUUCCUAAUUUUAAUGUUAAGUUUGUUUAGACAAUAAUUUUGGAAGAAAAAAGACGUUUGCAAUUUGCAACUGUAUUAUUAAGGAGGUAUGAUAAGCUUGUAUUGUCAAUUAUUAAAACAAUGCUUUUUAUGGAAAUUCC